ACCAGACCACGUGUGUUCGAGCAGCCACCGGCGAGAUCGUGCCUUGCGUCGCUGCUAAGGUCUUGUGGCUGCAAGGCAUGCCACGUAGAAGGGAAAGGUCCGGUGUCGUCCGCUCGCGACUGAAACGGCUCCUCGGGAUCAUCUCCAAGUCGUACCCGACAGCCGGGCCGCAAGACGGUUCGACACAGGAACCGUACGAAUUGGAGCGGAUCCGAAUCCAGUCGCUUCUCUUCGGCGAUAAGAAGGAAGAAAGAAGUUUGAAAUCCGUCGUCAAAUGGCUUGCGUCAUCGCUUUCUCUGCCCGUCCUCCGUCAUGCACUUCCCACUGCCGACCGAAGCUUCACUCCGUCCUCCAAUGGCGCGGGUUGCACUGUGGCUCAUCCAAAUUCCCAUCGACCGCUCCGGCGCCGCUCCUCCUCACUCACCCCCUUGGGAGAACCCGCCCCGAUUCCACUCCCAGAGCCUCAGUCGGGAGCGCCGAUUAUGUCGUGGAGCCCGGGACGAGUGUUAAGUUCCCCAAGGAGUUGCAGGUUCCAGGCUGCUCCAGCUCUUUGGUUCUACUUGGCACAGGCUAUAGGGAGAAGGUCUUUGCCAUUAUUGGUGUCAAGGUGUAUUCUGCUGGUUUCUAUGCCGAUUUGUCUAUCAGGAAUACAUUUGACAGCUGGAAAGGGAAAUCAUCGACUGAACUUUUAGAGGAUUCCUCAUUGUUCAGUUCCAUCUUCCAUGCACCUUUGGAGAAAUCACUAAAUAUCAUGCUAGUUAGAGACGUUGAUGGUAAAACUUUUUGGACUGCCUUGGAUGAUGUUAUUUCUCCGAGAAUCAAGAAGCCAACGGCCGAUGACGAAUCCACACUAUCAACUUUCCAAAACACCUUUCAAGGGCGUGAUCUUAAAAGAGGAACUAUGAUAUUUUUGACCUGGGUGGAGCCAUCGAAAAUGCUGAUUUCCAUCUCGUCUAGUGGGUUUCCUUCAAAUGUUGAUGCUGAAAUCAAGUCCAUGAAUGUCAACUUGGCACUUUAUGAUGGGUUCUUUGGAGAUAAUCCUGUUUCCCCUACUUUAAAGGCCUCGGUUGCUGAUGGGUUGAGAAUGUUGCAUGGUUAGCUCCAAAUUCAGGUACGUGUGUGUUCUCAAUCAAAGUGAUUCUUAUUUUAUUUUGCAGAACUACAAAUGCAAAAAAAAGAGGAAAUUGCAGGCAUUUUCAAUCACUCAAACAAAUGUUUGGUUGUUAAUUUUAUUCUCUGUUGUGGCUUCACGAUUCUAUUUGCUGCUAAAAAACUAUUUCAAAAAUUGCUUAUCAACUCCAUAUAUUAUCAAUUCAAUUAUAUGUAGUUGGGACUUUA